AUGCCCACUCCUGCGAAGACUGGUAAUGAACCAUCUCCAUUUUACAAAACCCAUUACAUUGAAGGAAAGGAUGGUUGCCCUUUGCCUUUUGUCUUUAAUGAUGUCAUGGGACUUGAAGUAGGUGAAGCUGGUGCACAUUCACAGGACAUCAUCAGAGCCUUAAGUGGCAUUCUUCAGGAAGGAUACAAUUUUGAUCCUGCAUCCUCUGCGUCUAUGAAGGACCUUGGCUACAGAAGCAACCCAAGUCUUGAGGAUCAAACCUUCUGCCUGGUCAACAUUAUGGCAGCAGACAUAGUAUCAGUGAUGAAACAGGGGGUCAUUGAAAAGAUGAAAAAAAUACGUGAGGCAGCUACACAAUUGAACAUGCCUCAAGUAGUCAUCUUGACAAGACCAGAUUUAGCAUGCCCACUGGUUAAACAAGACAUAAAGAAGAUCUACAUCAGCAAGAAGAUCAAAGAAAAGAUGGAAGAGUGUAAGAAUCUGCUGGGUAUUCCAGUGAACCACAUCUUCCCUGUUAAAAACUACCAUGAGGAGAUUGAAACAGACGAUGGCAUGGAUGCUCUGAUUCUCAAGGCACUUGAUCAGAUUGUGAACAUCGCCUGUGACGCAGUGAAAAGAAAAACAUCCCUUAACUUUGGUGAGAAAUCUGAGUAAGGUCUCAGAUCCCAAUGCCUCAGGGAAAUUAGUGCAACACAGUGUGCUUUAUAAAGCUUCAAAAAAACAUUAUUAUUACAUUAAUUAUAAAUAGAGAAGUGUACCAAGUAUGCAUUGCUAAAAUAAGUGUAAUGAAAUAUUCUGUCUUUAUGAAUACAUUAGAUUGUGUUACUUUAGUUACAGUUAGAGUAAGACAAAGAUUUCACUACUUUCUCAGAGUUAAUAUGCCUUAGAUGUAACUAUCAUAAUCAAUACAACAUAAUCAAUCCUCAGACCUUCGAGUCUAGCUGAUCAGCCAUUGGUUAAUCAGAUUUUAAAAUCAGCAAAAUUAGCAUGUUAGCCAAGAGUUUUGGUUUUGUAUCUGUCUUUGGUUUGAAAUUGUGCCUUGCUUUUUGUUCUGUUGCCAUUAAUUACACUAUUAAACAGAUUUAACAUAACACGUCUAAUGAAAUGUGUAAUAUUAGAGAUGUCUGAAUCAAACAACAUAUUAUCUAAUUUUGUGAACUCUUCGUGAUUAUUUAUGUGAUUAAUAAUUACUAUAUUAUAUAAAUAAACUAUAUCUGAGGUGUUAAAACUCUCU